AUUUUUGGUUGUAUUUAUAUCGUCUUACAACUUUUUUGUGGUAUUACCGUUUACCACCCUGUGCUAGUUCGGUUGACAAAAGUAUCGAAAAUCGACAACUCAUUACUAGCAGUUGUUUUGAACAAAUUUUUAAGCGAAAAUGGAAAGCGGAAAAAAUAAACUUACAACGAAACAACAGUUUGAAAAACUAGUUGAGCUGAUGGAGAAGCAUCCCGAAACUGGACGAGGCAAGCCGCAAUUUGGAAGCAGCAAAAGUAAAAGCAAGGGAUUGUGGGAGCAAUUUGCCAUAGAGCUAAACAGUUUAGGACCACCAACAAGAACUGCGCACGAGUGGGGACGAGUUUGGAUACACUAUAAGGCAAAUUUAAAAAGGAAGCUUGCCCCCAAUCGCAGCAAUAUUCUUGCAACUGGUGGUGGUCCGUCGCAAGAGGUUUCUUUAAAUCCACUAGAAGAAAGUGUUGCGGAACUUAUUCAGAUAAGGGAACAAGUUGCACCCAGUGGUCGGGCGUUCGGGGUAGAGAAUAUACCACCGGUGAUGGAUGGCGAAGAAAUAGAAGACGGCUUAGUUGCAGCUUCGUCAAUGGUUGAUGAGCCCCAGGUAGCAAACAUUGAAGAUCGGCCCUCUUCGUCAGCAUCGCGUGUACAAAAUCGCCGCAGAAGCUGCAAUUUAGAAACUGAGCGUCUAGAGCUCAUAAAAUGCAGGCAGAAACGCAAAAAGAGGUACUAA